CGUGACCGUGACCGCGACCGCUACGAGCCGCUGCCGCCCGCGCUGCCGGCCGCCGGCCAGGACUGCUGCGGGGAGCGCGUGGUCAUCAACAUCUCGGGGCUGCGCUUCGAGACGCAGCUCAAGACCCUCUGCCAGUUCCCCGAGACGCUGCUGGGCGACCCCAAGCGGCGCAUGCGGUACUUCGACCCGCUCCGCAACGAGUACUUCUUCGACCGCAACCGGCCCAGCUUCGACGCCAUCCUCUACUACUACCAGUCCGGGGGGCGCAUCCGCCGGCCGGUCAACGUGCCCAUCGACAUCUUCUCCGAGGAGAUCCGCUUCUACCAGCUGGGCGAGGAGGCCAUGGAGAAGUUCCGAGACGAGGGCUUCCUGCGCGAGGAGGAGCGGCCGCUGCCCCGCCGCGACUUCCAGCGCCAGGUGUGGCUGCUCUUCGAGUACCCGGAGAGCUCGGGGCCGGCGCGGGGCAUCGCCAUCGUGUCCGUGCUCGUCAUCCUCGUCUCCAUCGUCAUCUUCUGCCUGGAGACGCUGCCCGAGUUCCGCGACGAGCGGGGCUACUUCGCGCCGCCGCCGGCGCCGGAGCUGCCGGAGGGGGCGGGCAACGGCACGGCGUCGGGGGCCGCCGCCGCGGGGGCCUCCAGCUUCUCCGACCCCUUCUUCGUGGUGGAGACGCUGUGCAUCAUCUGGUUCUCCUUUGAGCUGCUGGUGCGGUUCUUCGCGUGCCCCAGCAAGGCCACCUUCUCGCGGAACAUCAUGAACCUGAUCGACAUCGUGGCCAUCAUCCCCUACUUCAUCACGCUGGGCACGGAGCUGGCCGAGCGCCAGGGCAACGGGCAGCAGGCCAUGUCCCUGGCCAUCCUGCGCGUCAUCCGGCUGGUGCGGGUCUUCCGCAUCUUCAAGCUCUCCCGCCACUCCAAGGGGCUGCAGAUCCUGGGCCAGACGCUGAAGGCGUCCAUGCGGGAGCUGGGGCUGCUCAUCUUCUUCCUCUUCAUCGGCGUCAUCCUCUUCUCCAGCGCCGUCUACUUCGCCGAGGCGGACGACCCCACCUCGCGCUUCAGCAGCAUCCCCGACGCCUUCUGGUGGGCCGUGGUCACCAUGACGACCGUGGGCUACGGGGAUAUGCACCCGGUGACCAUCGGGGGCAAGAUUGUGGGGUCGCUCUGCGCCAUCGCGGGCGUCCUGACCAUCGCCCUGCCGGUCCCCGUGAUUGUCUCCAACUUCAACUACUUCUACCACCGGGAGACCGAAGGCGAAGAGCAAGCCCAGUACAUGCACGUGGGCAGCUGCCAGCACCUCUCCGCCUCGGCCGAGGAGCUGCGGAAAACCAGGAGCAACUCCACCCUGAGUAAGUCGGAGUACAUGGUGAUCGAAGAGGGGGCCAUGAACCACAGCGCCUUCCCCCAGACCCCCUUCAAGACGGCCAAUUCCACCGCCGCCUGCACCGCGAACAAUAACCCCAACUCCUGUGUCAGCAUCAAAAAGAUAUUUACGGAUGUGUAACCUACGAUCCCAGUGACCUGCUGUGCUCAGGCUCGUGCGGACCGUGCCCCCCUGGUCUGUGUAUGCCCUUGUUUUAGACAUUUCCAGACCAUCCAUCCAGGACAGGACAGGAGGAAGUGGACAGCGCACUUCAUUCCCCCCCCCCCCCACCCCAGGACUGCUUCACACUGAAACAGGUGUCUGUUUUGCAAGUGGCUGCAUUCUCUCAGCUCUUCUCUCUCUCUCUCUCUCUCUCUCUCUCUCUC